AUGAAACGCAUCGAAAACAUGCAGAUUCAGCCAGAGGAAACCCUGCAGAAAAGAGGAGUGGUCACGCCACUGAUCGUCGAGGCGACAGCACGCACCUGGUUCUACGCGCAAAAGUCAUAUGUCAUCACCGGUGGUCUGGGCGGUAUGGGACUCGAGCUGGCCGAGUGGAUGGUGAACCGCGGCUGUCGUAACCUUCUCCUCACCACUCGUUCGGGAGUGCGCACUGGGUAUCAGCGGCUUUGUCUUCAUCGGUUCCAGAAAUCUCGAGCCAACGUCAUUGUAAGGAAGAUCGACGCCUCUGAGGAGGACGGUGCUCGAAAGGCUAUUGAAGAAGCUACAGCCAUGGGACCCGUAGGAGGUAUAUUCAUCCUAGCUGUGGCGCUACGCGACGGGCUUCUUGAAAACCAGACAGCGGAGGCCUUUGAGACCGUCAUGAAAAUCAAGAUUGAUGGCACCCGACAUUUGGAUAAGGUCUCCCGUGAGAUGUGUCCAGAGCUCGACCAUUUCGUCGCUUUCUCGUCCCUGUCAGCGGGUGUCGGCAACGUGGGGCAGACUAACUACGGCUACGCCAACUCAGCAAUGGAACGCAUCUGCGAGCUUCGAGCUGCACAGGGACUACCCGGGAUGGCAAUUCAGUGGGGCGCCGUCGCUGACGUCGGUGUACACCACAAUGUAAUGGGCGAUGGUGCGACUGUUGCUGGCUCCAUGCCACAGCGGAUCCGUUCGUGCAUCGCACUCAUGGACCAAUUUUUAAACCAGAGCCAUCCCGUCGUUUCAAGCUGCGUGAAGGCCGAUCUCUCCACUGAAGACGGAAGAAAGAAGUGCAGCCUGGUCGAUGUCAUCGCACGAAUCCUUGGCAUCAAGGAACCCUCAGGACUGAACCCAUCGAUUUCCCUGGGUGAGCUAGGCAUGGACUCACUGAUGGCCGUGGAAGUGCGGCAGGCAAUUGAGCGGCACGUUAGCCUCACGCUAUCCAUGAAGGAGAUCCGGCUGCUGACCAUUGACGGGUUAGGAAAAUUGAGCGAAGGAGUUACCGCCAGUGAGACAGCCUGA